AUGCCGUAUCCCUCGACGUUCCCACCUCUGGAUAUCCCUAAUGACAUCGACCUUUGGACACUACUGUUUGAUAAGCAGGGAGACUUUCCUCCAUCUAAAGAGAUUUUGACAUGCUUUGAGACCGGGCGUUCCUACACAUGGGAGACUUUGCGCAGGAAAUGCGUCGAGUUCGGGGAGGGGCUUCAGGAACAAUGGGGUUGGAAGAAGGGCGACGUGUUGGCCUUCUACACCCCAAACUCCAUCGAUACCCCAAUCCUCACACUUGGCGCUCUCUGGGCAGGCGGCGUGGUUUCGCCCGCCAAUCCGCUUUAUACCGCAGAUGAGCUUGCUUUCCAGCUCUCCAACUCGUCUGCGAAGGCCUUGGUCACUCAGCCUGCUUAUCUUCAGACUGCUCUCAUAGCUGCUAAGAAAGCCGGCCUUCCCCCAAACCACAUUAUCCUCCUCGGGCCCCAGAACGGUCAAGUGUCGAGCAAACACCCGCAUUUCACAACUAUCCGCGGCAGUAACAAGUCUCCACACAUCCGGCCCCCAAUCAACCCUGCCACGGAUCUGGCCUUCCUCGUCUACUCCUCCGGUACAACCGGCCUGCCCAAAGGUGUCUGCCUGACCCAUCGCAACAUGGUGGCUAAUCUUCUCCAAGCCAGCUACGUCGAAGGCAUUCAAUAUCGUAGCAGAGGAGGGCCUGACGGUCGUGGCGAUAAGCAACUCGGCAUCCUGCCCUUCUUCCACAUCUAUGGGCUGACUUGCGGAGUGUUGAUGUCCAUAUAUGAAGGCUGGCAGCUCAUCGUGCUGGAGCGAUUCGACUUGCACAAGGCACUGCAGGCCAUUGAAAAAUAUCGGAUAACUUUCGCAUAUAUCCCACCGCCAGUGGUGCUCGCCUUCAGCAAGCAUCCUGAUGUCGAAAAGUAUGAUCUUAGCUCGUUAAAGGUGUUACACUCGGGAGCAGCCCCUCUCACUCGGGAGUUGACCGAGGCAGUGUGGAACCGGUUGAAGGUGCCGGUGAAGCAAGGGUUUGGUCUCUCCGAGACGAGCGCAGUGGUGUGCUGCCAGACUGUGGACGAAUGGGCAAAGUUUAUGGGAUCUGUGGGCAAGAUAAUGCCGAAUAUGGAGGCCAAGAUUGUUGAUGAACAUGGAAAAGAAGUUCCGGAGGGCGAGGCCGGUGAGCUUUGGCUCAAGGGGCCUAAUGUGUUUCCGGGAUACUUCAAAAACCCGGAGAGAACGAAAGAAGCAUUCUCUCCGGACGGUUUUUUCAAGACAGGUGAUAUCUUCCGUCGCGACAAGCACGGAAACUAUUAUUGCGUUGAUCGCGUAAAGGAGCUGAUAAAAUACAAUGGUUACCCUGUCCCACCAGCUGAACUCGAGGGCGUACUUCUGGGUCACGCGGACGUGGCUGAUGCCUGUGUCGUUGGUAUUGAGGAUCGAACGAGAGCAACCGAAGUUCCACGUGCUUAUGUAGUCCUUCGCGCUGAAGUCACACUCAAGAAUGAGGCCGAAAAGGCACAGGAACUUACUGAAUGGGUAGCAGCUCGGGUUGCUCCACACAAGAGGCUGCGCGGCGGUGUUCGAUUUGUGAAACAAGUCCCGAAGUCGCCGAGUGGCAAGAUCUUGAGGAGAGUGGUGAGAGAUUGGGCGAAGAAGGAGGGUAGGGCUGAAGGGAGCAAGCUGUAG